AUGCAGCCUAAGCCGGGAACAGAGGAGCUACACAUGCAGCCUAAGCCGGGAACAGAGAAGCUACACAUGCAGCCUAAGCCGGGAACAGAGAAGCUACACAUGCAGCAUAAGCCGGGAACUGAGAAGCUACAUAUGCAGCAUAAGCCGGGAACAGAGGAGCUACACAUGCAGCCUAAGCCGGGAACAGAGAAGCUACACAUGCAGCCUAAGCCGGGAACAGAGGAGCUACACAUGCAGCCUAAGCCGGGAACAGAGAAGCUACACAUGCAGCCUAAGCCGGGAACUGAGAAGCUACAUAUGCAGCAUAAGCCGGGAACAGAGGAGCUACACAUGCAGCCUAAGCCGGGAACAGUGAAGCUACACAUGCAGCCUAAGCUGGGAACAGAGAAGCUACACAAGCAGCAUAAGCCGGGAACAGAGACACUACACAUGCAGCCUAAGCCGGGAACAGAGAAGCUACACAAGCAGCCUAAGCUGGGAACAGAGAAGCUACACAUGCAGCCUAAGCUGGGAACAGAGAAGCUACACAAGCAGCCUAAGCCGGGAACAGAGAAGCUACACAAGCAGCCUAAAGCCGGGAACAGAGAAGCUGCACAUGCAGCCUAA